AAUUAACCUCAUAUAUUGAGGAUGUUACUUGUACUUAUUUUUCAUUUUAAUAAUUAAUUAAUUUUAAUUUUUUAAGUAAGAAGUUUAUUUUUCAGCUAAGAAGUGUUGUAGAAGAAGAUUUGGCAAGGAAAGUUAAACCCCAAUUGAAUGAUAUUUCUCGAAGGCAAGUUUUGAUAGAAUUACUUGGUCCUCAGUUUACAAAAAAGUAUAUUCCUAAUCAACCAGGGGAUCCAUUUCCAGAGUCUACCAUCAAAUCAUCAAAGAAGAAAGAAAAAUUAGUACAGGAAAUGAAAUCCUGGUUAAAGAAAGAAAUGGAUAAAAUACUGCGUGAUAAAGGUUUAAAGGAUAGCAAUGGACAGCCUCAAGGAGAGUUAACAUCAUUUAUGAAUCAGUCUGGAGAUAUUGUUUCCAAAAAUGUUAAAAAGCAGCUUCGACAAGGACGAAAUGGCAAUAAAGGGUCAAGUUACAAAAGAAGCAGAGGAUUCCAAAAUUCCUCCGAGAUAAUCGGAAUGGCAAUGACUUCUUUUAUUGAAGAUAGUCCCGAAUUAGUUUCUGAUUUAACAAAAUCUUUGAAAAAGUAUACUAUUAUUUUCCCUCAUUCUUUAAGACCACAUUUGUGGAGAGAUUAUCUUAUCACUAAAGAAACCCAGAAGAAAAAAGGAAAAGGACAUUACCAGCAAAUUAUAGACAGUUUUCAAAAAUCACUGUCCAUUUCAAUGAAAGAGUUAAAACUAACACGUGUCACUCGUAGCUCGAUAUGGAAACAAAUCGAUAAGGAAGUACUUGAGAUUUACCACAAAACAAAUAAUUCAACUGAUGAAGAUAUUACAGAAACUGCCCAACUUCUCAAUAUCAUUCAUAUUUACAAUAAAAGUUAUCACUUGUAUUAUAUUUAUUGGGCAAUUAUGAUUCAACAAAUUUUUCUUCAUAAUAAUGAAUUUGAUAAAGACGAAAAAUUGAUUAUAACGGCAAAGUACUUAGAAAUACUUCUUAGGAAUUUUGCUCCUAAGCCAAAAGUAGCAACGGACAUUGCAUCUAAAGUAUGGGAAAGAGUAGGCGAAGAAGAUAAACAGUUGCAAAAUCACAUUUCAAAAUGUAUGAAGAAAAAUGUUAUCGUUCAUUCAGAGGAUUUUCCACACGAAAUUUUUAAUAUGAGUAAAAAUAAAACGCAAAUGAUGUUUACUGAAACUCAAGAAAACGAUAUUGAUGAUGAUUUAAAAUCCCAAAAGAAAAUUAUUGAAGAUCCAGAAAUUUUUAUUCGAAAGUGGCUUAUAGAGGGUUUUGUUAGCGUAUUAAAACCUCUAGCUGCAAUGUUCGUUUGGGAUCAGCUAUUUUUGGAUGAAUGGAAUGAAAAAUCCUUGCAGCAUGUCUGUUUUGUGUUAUUAGGAUUACUAAAACCGUGGUUCUUCAUUGCAGAAGACUACAGAGGUGUUAGAGAAGUAUUUAUAAAAGAAUCAUCUUUAUUAUAUACCAUUGAUAUCAGACAGGGAUGGAAACAUGUAUUAAAUGGAGGAAAAUUUCAAGAUUUAGCUGAUAUGAAUAGAAACAUCAAUGCUAAUUUUUCUGAACCUCCUGAAUCUCCACCACCACCCCCAAAACCUAAACCAAUUCCUGCUCCGGUUCCAGUUCCUGUCCCCAUCCCCAUUCCUGAUCCACCACCAAAAUCACCAGAAAUUCGAAAGGAAGAUUGUGGUAAUGCAUGGCUACCACAUAAAGAACAGAACAGUACAACAAGUAGAGUACCAAAAUUAACAGAUCAGUUCGAUUUUUAUAUCGAUUCUGUUAGAUUUACAUCAGACAGUUCUUCAAUUAUUAAGGUUACAGGAAAAUUCCUUAAUUUAUAUCUUGGCGAAAAAUAUCCAAAAACUCCAGAAAUAUUGGCUUUUCCUAAGAUAAAUUCUCCCGCUCGUAAUCCCCAGUUUGAUUUCAAGCUUACAAUAAACAGAGAGAAGCAAGUCAUGAAUCCUGAUGCACUGGUGUUACUCAGAGUAUAUACAAUAGAAAGACAUACAGAACAGAUUGUAAUUAUUGGAUCUUGUCUUAUAGACGUGUUUAGUAACAUUCGUGGUAAACCGGUCCAGGUGAAUGUUGAGGGGCACCAAAUUAGAUUGCAUCGCGGCCUUCCAAGCCCGGAAAUAAAUGUACGUCACUUAGAAUCUAAACACAUGGAUGACAAUCCUAACAUACCUUGUGCGACGGUCCUUGUGCGAUUUAUGGCUCACGAUGAGCAAGGCAUUCCCGCUCCGUCUUAUGACACAAGGUAUUAUAAAUCGCAUUUAUCUUGUCCUAACGAAUCCGAAAAGAGAGUUUAUAGACAUUAUAUCAACGAUCCAGAGUACAGAAUGACUUUGACAGAAUUGGCAUCAAAAUUACAAAUUAUAAAUUCUUCUAAUGAUGAUAAGGCAGUUAUGGAUAGCAUGAAGAAGAAAUUAUCGCAAAANACAAUAUUAACUCUGAAUAUAUAUUUAGAAGGGAGAUUUUUUCAAUGUCUUACUCAAAUUUAUCCUGGAAGAAAUGGAGGAGAGCAAAUUCAAUCUUUUCUUACUCAGAAACAAGAUCUGAAGUGUGUUCAGAGAGCACCCGACUGGCUGGAUCCUCCAAAAGUUUUAAAAUUAUAUUAUGACGAACGUACUGUCUUAAUUAUUUCUCUGUAUGGAAUACGACCAACUUACGUACCACCUAGAGAUGGUAAAGAUGCUUAUUUAACUCAUAGAGGAGGAAAUGAAUUGAUGUUUACUAUGGAGCAUUCAGUAGCUUGGGGAGUGGUACAAUGCUUUGAUAAAGGAGGAGUUCUUGCCGGUAUUCAUCUUACACCAUUAUUUAAAGGACGGGUUCCAAAGAAUAUCAUUGAAGAAUUUCAAUAUUCUCCGAUUGAAGACGUUAUAAGGAAAAAUAUGAAGAAUUUAAGAUUUCUUGUAAUUAAUAUUUGUUUUAGAGGAGGAGUUCUUGCCGGUAUUCAUCUUACACCAUUAUUUAAAGGACGGGUUCCAAAGAAUAUCAUUGAAGAAUUUCAAUAUUCUCCGAUUGAAGACGUUAUAAGGAAAAAUAUGAAGAAUUUAAGAUUUCUUGAAUUAGCAAGUUUGGAAGUCACCAUAUGGGAUGGAAGAUUCACUAGUGAAGAUUGUCCUCCUUUACCAGUUAUAAAAUCAUAUUUGAGAGUAACUGCACAUCCUCAGAAAUAUCUGAAAGCGAGAGUGCAACGUGGAGGACCACCGGUGCAGCAGUUGUUAUUAGAAUCUCUACCUUCUUCCAUACACAAAGAUUCCAAAGAAUUUGAAGAACAUAAAUCUAAAUUUGAACUAUUAGUUCAAGAGAAAUUUAAUAUAUUAAUGAAUAAAGAAUUGAAAGAAGCUGGAUUUUCUCCUUUAAUAUAAUUUGAAUUGUAUUUAUACCGGUAAAGCACUACGCCAUCGUCACUAAUUUUGUCUGUACAGAUAGAAAAUAAUAAAUUAAUUAAUUAACAAA